CUCCAGUUCACCCCAAGCCAAGUGCCCCAUAAGCCCCCCACACCCACACCAGCGGUCCACCUUGCUCCAGAGCCCCCUCCACAGCCGCCAGCGCCCCCCCCGAGGACCUUCCAAAUGGUGCCCAACCCAUUCCAGGCCUUGGCCACCCCGGCGGCCCCGUCCAAGCCGCUGCUGGAGAGAUUCCACCAGGUGCCAUCUGCGCUCAUUCUCCAGGGGAAGGCCGCAGGGCCCCCGGCCGCCCAGCAGACUCCCCCGGCCCUAGGCCCCCUUUCCAGCCCAGCACCUUCUCUCCUGGUCAGUGGGCAGGCCCCACCCGGAACCCAGGCCGCCUCCAGCCACCCUCCUGCCGCGGCGGCCAGCACAGACAGCAAAGUGUUCGGCAGCGGCGCGCCAGCCCUGAGCGGGGCCAAGGUGGCCCCUGGGCAGGGGAAGACGUCCGGCCCGUCUCCGGGGCAGUAUGAGAGCAAACUGAGCAGCCUGAAGAAAGCCACCGCGGUGCAACCCAGCAAGGAGGCCUGCUUUCUGGAGCACCUCCAUAGGCACCAGGGCUCCGUGCUACACCCUGACUACAAGACGGCCUUCCCCUCCUUCGAGGACGCCCUGCGCCGCCUGCUCCCCUACCACGUCUACCAGGGGGCCCUGCCGUCCCCCCGCGACCACCGAAGAGUGGACGAGGAGUUCGAGACCGUUUCCACGCAGCUGCUGAAGCGCACUCAGGCCAUGCUGAACAAAUACCGCCUGCUGCUCCUGGAGGAGUCCCGGAGAGUGAGUCCUUCGGCCGAGAUGGUGAUGAUCGAUCGGAUGUUCAUCCAAGAGGAGAAGACCACCCUGGCCCUGGACAAGCAGCUGGCCAAGGAGAAGCCUGACGAGUACGUGUCCUCCUCGAGGCCGCACAGCCUGUCCGUCCUGGGCUCGGAGAGCCACGGCGCCCACCGGCCGUCCUGUGCCCCGGCCCAGCCCGCGCUCUCGUCGUCCACCCCGGCCCAGCCGCCCCCGCACCCCCCCACCAAGCUGGUGAUCCGGCACGGCGGGGCGGGCGGCUCCCCCUCUGUGACCUGGGCGCGGGCCUCGUCGUCGUCCUCAUCCUCGUCGUCGUCCUCAUCCUCCUCGGCGGCCUCCUCGCUGGACGCGGACGAGGACGCGCCGCUGCCGUCCCGGAGCCGGCCACCCAUCAAGACCUACGAGGCGCGCAGCCGGAUCGGCCUCAAGCUGAAGAUCAAGCAGGAGGCCGGGCUCAGCAAGGUGGUCCACAACACGGCCCUGGACCCCGUCCACCACCCGUCCCCAGGCCCCAAGGGGCCUGAGCCCCCGGCCCCGCCGCCGCCGGCCUCCUCGGGCCAGAUGAAUGGGACGGUGGAGCAUCCCCCGGCGCCCGCGGAUCGGAAGCCCGCGCCCCCUGCCGCCCACUGCCCCCGGCUGCCCCUCCGCAAGACCUACCGGGAGAACGUGGACGCCCUGGGCGGCUGCCGGCCCGGAGCCCCGCGGGCAGCUGCGGGGGGAAGCCCGGCCCCGGCGCCCAACCCGGCACCCCUCAUCAAGGGGGACGACGCGGCCGGCGGCCUCAUCCGCGAGCUGGCCGAGGUGGAGGACGAGCUGUACCAGCGGGUGAUGAAGGCCGGCCCUCUGGACGUGGUGACCGGUGGGGCCGGCCCCGGGCCCGGCGGGGAGCCCACCUGGGAGGCACCCCCCCUGCCCCCCGCCAAGAGGCGCAAGUCGGAGUCCCCGGACAUGGACAACGCCAGCUUCUCGAGCGACAGCCCGCAGGACGACUCUCUGACCGAGCACCUCCAGAGCGCCAUCGACAGCAUCCUCAACCUCCAGCAGGCGGCCCCCCAGCCCUCUGGCCGGACUGCGGGGGGCCCCUCCUACCCCCACCCCACCGCCUCCCCGCCCCUGCACCGGCCCGACGGCUACCUGGGCCCCAGCCACAACGGGGGCCUGGGCGCCAGGACGUUGAACAGAUAACAGCAGAGCACCCCUCCCUGCCC